AACCAACCCAAAACUCAUUUAUCCUUGGAAUGCUAAAAGGUACUCAACUCAACUCAUCCAAUCAAAUAUCUUAAAGUUGAAGCACACAUUAACAAUACAAAAAAUACCCAAAAGAAAUCCUUCUAUAACCGUCGAAUUUCACGAGAGGAGAAGAAAAUUUCUGGAAAAAACGACGAAAUCCGUUAUCUGCAGACUGAGAGGCAGGCAAAGAAGUGCGUAGACCCCACUCAUUUUCUCUCUCCUCUGACGUGUCAUCCCAAAUUCCUAAUAACCUCUUCAUCUUGUAUUCUUCUUCUCGGAGCUCUUCUCUGUCCUAUAUAUCUUCUCUUUCUUCAGUGCACAUAUAAUAUAUUUACACACACCCACAUCACAUAAAAAGAGCUCCAAACUUUGAGGAGAGAGAAAGUGCAAAAGAAGAAGAAGAACAUGGAUCAUGCAGCGGAUGCAACUCGUACAGACUUGAUGACCAUAACACGUUUCGUAUUGAAUGAACAGUCGAAACGUCCUGAGUCUCGUGGUGACUUCACCAUUCUUAUGAGUCACAUUGUUCUUGGCUGCAAAUUUGUCUGCUCUGCUGUUAAUAAGGCUGGUCUUGCCAAGCUCAUAGGACUUGCAGGGGAGACAAAUAUUCAGGGUGAAGAGCAAAAGAAGUUGGAUGUUCUUUCAAAUGAAGUUUUCAUUAAGGCCUUGAUAAGUAGUGGCAGAACUUGCAUUCUUGUGUCUGAGGAGGAUGAGGAGGCAACAUUCGUUGAGCCAUCUCUACGUGGAAAGUAUUGUGUUGUUUUUGACCCUUUGGAUGGAUCUUCCAACAUUGACUGUGGUGUAUCGAUUGGCACUAUCUUUGGGAUUUACAUGGUGAAAGAUCUUAAUAAUGCAACUCUUGAUGAUGUCCUCCAACCUGGAAAAAAUAUGGUAGCUGCUGGUUAUUGCAUGUAUGGGAGCUCUUGCACGCUUGUCAUGAGCACUGGAAGCGGUGUCAAUGGUUUCACUCAUGACCCAUCUCUUGGAGAGUUUAUUUUAACUCAUCCGGACAUCAAGAUCCCAAAGAAGGGUAAGAUCUAUUCUGUGAAUGAAGGCAAUGCAAAGAACUGGGAUGGCCCAACAACAAAGUACGUGGAGAAAUGUAAGUUCCCUAAGGAUGGUUCAUCACCAAAAUCUCUCAGAUACAUCGGAAGUAUGGUAGCGGAUGUUCAUCGCACUCUACUUUAUGGUGGCAUCUUUAUGUACCCUGGUGAUAAGAAGAGCCCUAACGGAAAACUACGAGUUCUUUAUGAGGUCUUUCCCAUGUCAUUCUUAAUGGAGCAAGCAGGUGGACAAGCUUUUACUGGCGAACAACGGGCACUUGACUUGGUCCCAAAGAACAUACAUGAUCGUUCACCAGUAUUCCUUGGCAGCUAUGACGACGUUGAAGACAUCAAAGCACUCUAUGCUGCUGAACAGAAGAAUGCUUGAGCUUCAGCAGAUGUUAGAUCUACCUGAGUUCCCUCCAAUUGGAUCCAAAUUUACUUUCUACAUAUAACAGUGGUCACAACUGAACUUUGUGCCCGUAUAUAUGCUCCAUAAAUGUGCAUAACAUAGGAAUAUAUACAUUUACGUGAGCACUGGUUAAUUGUUAAGUAACUAUAUUUCUUCAUUAAUGUCAAUGGUAAACCUGUUCUAAACCA